AUGUCUUCCGACUUCAGAGACUCUUAUUGGUUGCAUUGGCAGUCUGCAUCAGGUGCGGAGAUAUCUAAAAUCGAGGCCGAUCCAGACCGAUUCAAUUUCCUGUCCUUUCUCGCCACGGCCCAGGCGUUAGAAAUUGAAUUUCUACCCAUUGCCUGGGAUGCAAGCGGAGCGAUUGGCACCGGUGGAACGGCUAGCAUUCAUCAGACACCUGUAAACCUGGACACAAGUUUUGCCUUCAAAACCUACCGCAAACAGCACAAGACAGAGGAGCAGAUAUUCCGAACGCUGAUCGCCGAGAUCACCAUCUUAUGCCAGCCAUUCAUACGGGAGCAUGCCAACAUCGCGCAGCUACAUGGGAUCUGCUGGGACAUCUCUCUUGACAACGACAAGCCAUGGCCGGUUCUAGUCUUUGAGAAAUCGCAUCUAGGGGACUCAUAUCACUUCGUGAGGCAUGGGGGGCAGGAUAUGACACCCGAAGAGCGACUCUCGCUUUGUGUGGAUAUCGGAAGAGCGAUCAUCGACAUGCAUUCAAAGCGUAAGCCUGGCCCCACUAUCGAAAGAUGA